CAAAAUGGCGGUCGUAGCAACAUCAACAUCAACAGAAAUGCGAUCGGAAAAGUUAAUAAAAGAACAGAUGGAAAAUGAAGGUAUUAGGAAAGAUAUAGACGUGACUCAACUAUAUCUGGCCGAUAGUGAUCUACAAUCAGUAACAAACUUGUCAAGAUUCAAAAUGUUAAAGAAUCUUUAUUUGAAUGGCAAUAAACUAAGAAGGAUAAACUGUCUAAAAUUCAACUACAGACUUGCAGAACUUUAUUUAGAAAACAACCAACUGGUUGAUAUCUCGGGGGCAUUGAAACACCUUACGAGUCUUCACACAUUGAUGUUACAGAGAAAUCAGUUAACAAAAUUGGAAGAAACAGUUCAAGAAUUCAAAGCUAUGCAAUCACUCAAGGUCCUCAAUUUAUUCAGCAACCCGUUAGCCCAAGAACAUGAAUAUAGAAUGUAUGUGAUACACUUUGUUCCAUCAAUAGAACUGCUUGACAGAUCAGAGGUUUUAAAGGAUGAACAAGACAGAGCCAAUCAACUGUAUCAGCAAGAAAGGGAGGUGUUGAAACAAAGUAUUGCAUUUGGUAGAAGAUGUGAGGGACCCCCGAUCAGAGGUGCGACACCUGUAGUAGAAGACAAUCAUAUCUAUGACCCUAAAAAGUUGGUUGCAAAUAACUUCCAUAGUCCUCCUUUACAGAAUCCUGAUGAUGCAGUCACUGCCAGAGCCAAUAACCGUUCUGUUAUGCAAUACUCUGUGUUUGAUUGGUCCAAAGUACCCAAACUAGAAGAGAGAAGGCAGAAGGAACCAACAGAUCCUGCGCCUGUUCCUCAAGUUAUCACUGUCAGAUUCAAGUAA